AUGCCGAAAAUAUUAUUAUUAUUAUUACUGCAAUUAUUACUAUUAUUACGAUUAUUAUUAUUAUUAUUAUUAUUAUUAUUAUUAUUAUUAUUAUUAUUAUUAUUAUUAUUAUUAUUAUUAUUAUUAUUAUUAUUAUUAUUAUUAUUAUUAUUAUUAUUAUUAUUAUUAUUAUUAUUAUUAUUAUUAUUAUUAUUAUUAUUAUUAUUAUUAUUAUUAUUAUUAUUAUUAUUAUUAUUUAUUAUUAUUAUUAUUAUUAUUAUUAUUAUUAUUAUUAUUAUUAUUAUUAUUAUUAUUAUUAUUAUUAUUAUUAUUAUUAUUAUUAUUAUUAUUAUUAUUAUUAUUAUUAUUAUUAUUAUUAUUAUUAUUAUUAUUAUUAUUAUUAUUAUUAUUAUUAUUAUUAUUAUUAUUAUUAUUAUUAUUAGUAUUAUUAUUAGUAUUAUUAUUAUUAUUAUUAUUAUUAUUAUUAUUAUUAUUAUUAUUAUUAUUAUUAUUAUUAUUAUUAUUAUUAUUAUUAUUGUAGAGGAAUUGCAUUCAGUUCUUCAAACAUUCUUAAUAGUAGUUAUUCAUUAG